ACCUCCGAAUCUCUAACUAGACCAAAUCAUCUAAGAUAUAACAGUUUUUAUACGCUUCCGAAUACUACUCCAAAAGUGUUAACAAAUCUCUCCUGAAUUUUCUCACUCUCACUUUAUAAAUCAAAAAGACUCGACUCUGGGGAUCAUUCAAUUCACAGUCGAGAGAUUUUGUCGUUUCAACCAAUAUGGGAAGGGUUUUCAUCGUGGAUCUGGGAGGGCAAAUUUAUAGCUGCAAACACUGUAACACCCAUCUUACUAAAGAACAAGACAUCAUGUCCAAGUCAUUUCAAGGCAGAUAUGGACAAGCUUAUCUCUUCAAUAAUGUUGUAAACAUUUCAAUUGGAGAUAAAGAAGACAGGAUCCUAAUAACAGGACUUCAUACCGUAACUGAUAUCUUUUGUGUUGGUUGUGGAAUAAACGUUGGCUGGAAAUACGUGACUGCUCAUGAUAUUAACCAGAAAUACAAGGAAGGAAAAUCAGUUCUUGAAUUGUAUAAGAUUGUGGGUCCUUAUGAUAGCAACAGCAACGACUUGGUCUGUCAAGAAAUUUCACGACUUGAGAUUUAAAAAUCACAUGAUUCAUAUGAUUUUGCUAAUGUUUUUUCCCUAAUCUUUCUCUGAUUUCUCUUCACUUAAUGUACAUUCUUCGACCUUAGCUUAUUGCUAUUUAUUUCUCUUAUUUGGGAAUAAACCUGGAAUGAUAGUUUUUUUUUUUAAAUGAAUAUUUCAGGUUAUGUUUGA